AUGGUCCAUCCUGGUGAGACCCGCGGGGGUGCCUGGAAAGCGGGACUCAUGUCCCCUAGGCCUCUCGCCCCUUCAGCCACCUGGCUGAUUGGAAUCCGUGCCCUUCUUGUUCCGUCGGACCUGGUGUGCGUUGAAGAUCUCGCUGGGAGGCCAUGCUUGAGGGGAGACUGGGCAGGAAUGGAUGAUCCAUCAGUGUAUAACUGUAGUGUGGCUGUGGCUGAAGCUCGGGCUGCAAACCCUGAACCCCAAACUUCAGCCCCACCUCGCCCCCUAGAAAUGGAGAUGGAGUUGGAGCAUUUGAGUGAUGAAGAGCAAGAUGCAAUCUGGGCCUAUCCCACAUGUCCUGAUGUAGAGGAAUGCAGGCUGGGCCUCCACAACUGUCACCCCUCUGCUACCUGCAUCAACACUCCCACUUCAUAUGAGUGCCAUUGUGAGAGAGGAUUCACAGGGGAUGGCACACUGCACUGCAACCAAACCUGUUACAAUGAGUGUCGUGAGGGCCAGUGUAGCGGCAGCCCACGGUUUGAGUGUGAAUGCGCCCUGGGCUGGACAUCUGAUCCCGCUACUCUGGUUCUGAGUGGCACUGGACUACAGGGCCUCACUGUGAGCACUGCCGUCCAGGUAGCUUUGGCUCAGCCCUGGCUGGUGGCAGCGGCUGUGUUCCCUGUGAGUGUAACGGACACGGCGACUCUCCAGGGAUACUGUCACAACCAGACAGGCCAGUGUUACUGCACCCACAACACUCAGGGACCACACUGCGAGUCCUGUCUGCCUGGCUACUAUGGAGAUCCCAGGAACAAUGGAACAUGUUACCGCCAGUGCCAAGGCCGCUCUGUCCUGCUGUCCUCCACUUCCUCCACCACCAUUCCCCUGUCCUCUUCUUUGGGGUGGCGGAGUGGCACAGAGGGGAAAGGUGGACUUUCUCAUUGCCUGUGGGUCCUCUCUGUGACUGAAAACUUGGCACCCUGUCUGCCCAGACAGUUUUGUCCCCCAGUAGCUCUCACACUACACCCAGACUCUCAUACCCAUUGUAAAAGUUCGUAUGUCUAUGUGUUCGAUGGCCUGCCUCGUUUUCUGGGUAACGGAGUCGUACAUUCUGAUCACAAUCUAAUUGGAGCAUUUUGUGGCACCACGAGGACUCAGCCUAUCACAGUGGAGGCCACCUCAGGUGUGAUCUCAGUCUACUUUGAAGCCAACGUCACUUCAGACAGACCUCAAGGCUUCAAUGCAUCUUUCUGGGUACGACGGUGUCAGCAGAGCUCUGAUGAGGAUGAAGACGGAUCUGUAUGUCCAGGUGGAGCCCAGUGCCAGGGUGGGCUCUGCCAGUGCCCUCAGGGAUAUGGGGGACCACACUGUGACCGGCUAGUGUGCCCACAGGAUUGUGGAAUAGCAGAAGGAAGAGGAACUUGUAAUAUAUCUCUGGGAGUGUGCGUGUGCUCAGAGAGCUGGGUUGGGUCAGACUGCUCUAUUCCUCGAGACUUCAACAGCUUGGUGUGGGAAACCUUACUGGACACACAGAUGACUGUGAACCAGGCCCACAGGUUCCUCCACAGGAUGGGACACUCUCUGGUGUCUGGACCACAGGGCAACCUCUGGAUGUAUGGAGGGCUUUCUCUGACAGAAGGAAUUCUGGGAAAUGUCUAUAGAUAUUCUGUGUUGGAACGUCGUUGGACACAAAUGUUGACAAGCUCUGUGGAAGAAGGGUCGAUGCCAAACCCUCGCUACCAUCACGCCUCUGCAAUGCUGAGUCAUGAGUCUGGCGCUGGAGCCAAUCAUAACUUUAUGUUGGUAGUAGGCGGGGUCACACAAGAUGGCGUUUCCAUGGAUACCUGGACUCUCAAUCUCAGCAGUUUAGUCUGGAGAGAGCACAAGAGCACAGUGCUUCCUCCAGUGGCAGGUCACACUUUAACUGUACGGCGAGACUGCUCUGUGCUGUUGAUUGGCGGUUACUCUCCUGAAAAUGGUUUCAAUCACCAUUUACUUGAGUUCAACCCUCAGUCUGGAAACUGGACCAUUGCCCCCCACACUGGCACACCACCUACAGGUUUUUGAAGCCUUUCAUAAUGUCAAUAAC